UUUCAUCAUACACUUUGUUCAAUGGUUCAACGUUCAACUCAUGUCACUCAUGUCCAACAUCCAAUUCCAGCUGCAACAAUAAUCAUUGGAAUUGAAUGUAUAAAUCAAAAGAAUUUAAAGGAAAUUGAAGUUAUAAGAGUUGUGCUAUUGAUAGAGAGAUAUCUCGCGAGUUUUAAAUCUUGUAAAUGUUAAUUUGACAUUCAGCGAGCUAUAAUCGAAGAUUUGUGACGUCAGUCGAGACAUAUAACGACUGCUUGGGUUAAUCCGCCAUAUUAUAUCCUAUAUGUGAACGAAAAUUUACAAACGAAAAGAUAUUGUUUUGAUCACAAUGUCUUUGACAACUUUAUUGCCUACUCCAACCCAAGUGCUGUGGGACAAAGAUGAUGAGGCACGUGAGCAAAAAUUGCGCCAAAGACCUGUCUCGGCGCUUGUUAAAGCCGUUGUCACAGCCCCACCCUAUGGGCAACGGAGAGGAUGGGUCCCGCGCAACCCAGAAGAUUUUGGAGACGGCGGAGCAUUUCCAGAGAUUCAUGUUGCACAAUAUCCACUUGGAAUGGGAAUGAAAGGCAAGGAAAUCACAAGCAAUGCAUUGGCAGUACAACUUGAUGCUCAAGGAAAAGUAAAAUAUGAUCUUAUAGCGAGACAAGGCCACAGUAAGGACAAAAUUGUAUAUAGCAAAUUGAGUGAUUUGCUACCAUCCGAAAUCACGAACGAGGAAGAUCCUACCUUGCAACGACCACCCACUGAUGAAAUUGAUGAUCUCACAGAUAAAACAAAAAAAGCAUUAGAUAAAAUAACAAGAUCCAAAAUCGCGGCUGCCAUGCCAGUGAGAUGUGCAGAGAAACAAGCUCCGGCGCAAUAUAUACGAUAUACACCCUCACAACAAGGACAAUCGUUUAACUCAGGGGCCAAGCAAAGGGUUAUUCGCAUGGUGGAAGCCCAAGUAGAUCCGAUGGAACCACCAAAAUUUAAGAUUAAUAAAAAAAUUCCACGAGGGCCUCCUUCACCUCCAGCUCCUGUAAUGCAUUCCCCAACGAGGAAAGUAACAGUAAAAGAACAAAAGGAGUGGAAAAUUCCACCAUGCAUCAGCAAUUGGAAAAAUGCAAAGGGUUAUACAAUUCCAUUGGAUAAACGUCUUGCUGCAGAUGGUAGAGGUUUACAGCAAGUACAUAUUAACGAAAAUUUUGCAAAAUUAGCUGAAGCUCUUUAUAUUGCUGAUAGGAAAGCCCGACAAGCUGUUGAAAUGCGUGCACAAUUAGAGAAAAAGUUGGCUCAAAAGGAGAAGGAGAAGAAGGAGGAUCAUUUAAGACAGCUCGCCCAAAAGGCCCGAGAAGAGCGUGCCGGCUUGAAAUCUAGUGCGACAUUAGAUAAAGCUGAAGAAUCUCGCGAAAGAGACCAACUAAGGCAGGAACGACACAAGAAUCGUGCUCGCGAGCGUAAUUUAGCUCGUGCUGCUCCAGACAAACGCUCUCGUUUACAACGCGAACGCGAGCGCGACAUUAGCGAACAGAUUGCGCUUGGUUUGCCUGCAAAGAGUAUUCCAAAUACGGCAGAAGCACAGUUCGAUCAACGUCUCUUUAAUAGCAGCAAGGGAUUAGAUAGCGGCUACGGUCAUGAGGACGAGUAUAAUGUUUACGAUAAACCAUGGAAGGAUGGCAAUUCGAUUGCCUCGCAUAUUUACCGUCCGAGCAAGAAUAUUGAUAAGGAUACUUACGGAGACGAUCUAGAAAAAUUGAUAAAAACAAAUAGAUUCGUCCCCGACAAAGAAUUCAGUGGAACCGACAGGACAGCUACGCGAUCAGGACCAGUACAAUUUGAGAAAGAGGAAGAAGAUCCUUUUGGUUUGGAUCAAUUUUUGAAACAGGCAAAACGCGCUAGUUCAACCACGACAAAGCGCAAAGAAGAACGCGAGCCACGUCGGGAUGAUCGUGACAAACGAAGAAAACAUUAAAACAAAUCGUUUAUCCAUCCCUGCCUGAGUUAGUUCUUUUCAAUUCCUUCGAUCCUUUUUGGAUCCUUUCGAUCCUUUUUGAUUCUUCAAACUUAUCUAUAAAAAAUGUUUCAUCUAUUAACUUCAUAAAGUUCUUAAUAAAUUCUAAAAUACUCUAUCGGAUUUUAGUAAUAGAAUAAAAAAUAGCAUGAUAUAAUAUUGUAAUAAUAAACAAUAUUGUAAUAAUAAAAAAUGUAUUAUUUUAAUUUAGCAAUAAUGCUAAAAUUUAUGAUCAUUUUACUUGAUUAAAAAGUGAUAGAAAUUCUGAAAUUAUUUGACUAAUUGUUUUCAAUUAUCAUUAUUGUAAUAAUAUACAAUAUUUUUACAAUUUUGUUCUGAAAUAGUAUAAAAACUAUGGCAAUAUUUAUUGCAA